AGGAGAGGGCAGUAGCAUGAGCUCUGGACUCAUGAGGGUCCUGUGGGUCCAACAGCUUCCUUGUGCCUGACCCAAAUGGCUCACUUCCACUGAAUGAUCCAGGAAGACUUAGGUCACAAAGGACAGUGUCAGAGACCAUGGGAUCAUUUGAUGUCACAGUCCAAAGGUUCUAUCACCAUUUCUAUUCAGAAGUAUACUAAGUGCUGUCUUACUAAACAGGGGAUUAGUCCAUCACUCCAAACUGCAUGGCUUUGCUUCAGAACUGCCAACUCUCCCCUGUUCAUCCCAGUGCAAAUCGUCAGCCCAAGGUCUCUACAAGGGAUACCUCAAGCACCACAGGUCACUACUGUCCUGACUUCUUUCCAAGAUUGCAUCUAACCCCAAGGCAUUCUCCUGCACUCACCUCUAGAAAAAGCUGGUCAGAAUGACACUUCUCAGUAUGAGGUAUAUCAAGUUGGGUCCAUGAGGAGGUAUGCCAGACUCUGUGCUUCUCUUUGAUGUGUGCAGGAGGACAGAAAUCCCUCAAGCAUCAAAAGGCAGAAUCAUGACAAGCAACUUUUCCCAAGCAACCCUGCAGCUCUGCUAUGAGAAUGUGAAUGCUUCCUGCAUUAAAACCCCCUAUUCACCAGGGCUCCGGGUCCUCCUGUACAUGGUCUUUGGCUUUGGGGCUGUGCUGGCAGUGUGUGGGAACCUCCUGGUGGUGAUUUCAGUCCUCCAUUUCAAGCAGCUGCACUCUCCUGCCAAUUUCCUCAUCGCCUCCCUGGCCAGUGCUGACUUCUUGGUGGGCAUCUCUGUGAUGCCCUUCAGCAUGGUCAGGUCCAUCGAGAGCUGCUGGUACUUUGGAGACACAUUUUGUAGCCUUCACAGCUGCUGUGAUGCAGCAUUUUGCUACUCUUCUCUUUUCCACCUCUGUUUCAUCUCUGUGGACAGGUACAUCGCUGUCACGGAACCUCUGGUCUAUCCCACCAAGUUCACAAUGUCUGUGUCUGGAAUUUGCAUCAGCAUCUCCUGGAUUCUGCCCCUUGUGUACAGCAGCGCAGUAUUCUACACAGGCAUCAGUGCUACGGGGAUUGAAAACCUAGUAAGUGCUCUCAACUGUGUAGGAGGCUGCCAAGUUGCGAUCAAUCAAGACUGGGUUUUGAUAAGUUUUCUCUUAUUCUUCAUACCUACCCUUGUUAUGAUCAUCCUCUACAGCAAAAUAUUUUUAGUAGCCAAACAGCAAGCUGUAAAAAUUGAAACUUCUAUAAGUGGAAGCAAAGGAGAAUCGUCCUUAGAGAGUCACAAAGCCAGGGUGGCCAAGAGAGAGAGGAAGGCUGCCAAAACCUUGGGGGUCACUGUCAUGGCAUUUAUGGUCUCAUGGCUACCAUAUACAAUUGACACCUUGAUUGAUGCUUUCAUGGGCUUCAUCACUCCUGCCUAUGUCUAUGAAAUUUGUGGCUGGAUCGCUUAUUAUAACUCAGCCAUGAACCCUUUGAUUUAUGCUUUCUUUUACCCUUGGUUUAGGAAAGCCAUAAAGCUCAUUUUAAGUGGGAAAAUUUUAAAGGGUCAUUCAUCAACUACUAGUUUGUUUUCAGAAUAAGCAUUAAUACAAAUUUCACAAAAUACAUUAAGGCAUGAAUCUGUGGAAUGUGACAGUAUUAAUUGUAAGGAAUGGCCCAUCUGAAGCUACAAAAGUACAGCAUUUUUCAAAAAAAAUUAGCCAGGAGGAAAGUCAUACCAGAGUUAAACCAUUAAACUGUCGUUGAGAUGAUUAAUGUACUACAAGACAAAGCAAUGCAUGGCUUUUAUAGUCUUCAAUAUUUUUUGAACGUUUAUUUCCAAUGUCUAAUACGUUGAAUUUUUUUUAAAGAUUCAUUUAUUUUAUGUAUGUGAGUACAUUGUCACUUUCUUCAGACUCACCAGAAGAGAGCAUUGGUUCUCAUUAGAGAUGGUUGUGAGCUGGGAUUUGAACUCAGGAACUCUGGAAGAGCAGUCAGUGUUCUUAACCACUGAGCCAUCUCUCCAGCCACAGGGCAUUGAAUUUUAGAUCUAAUUCUUGGCUGGAAAAUCUCUAAGGUAAUGAUCUUCCUUCCUAUCCUGUCUGCAGUGAGGCAUUAGGUUUCUAUAGUUGUCAGAACAAAAUACCAUAAACUUACACACACAGAAUUUGCUGUUACAUAGCAAUGCAAUGUCUCAAGGCUGAUAGCUGCAGAGCUCAAGGUCAAGCCUUGGAAGAGCUGAUUUCUUCUGAGGGCGUCUACACUCAGCUUGCAGAUGUCUCUUGCUCCUUGUCUGUGUCCUUCCUUCUUCUACACACUGGAUCAAGGUGUAUCCUUAUUGCCCACUUGACUGUAUUGCCUCUUAAAAAUGGAGUGACAAGAGUUAGAACUUCAUCUUUAAACUAAUCUGGAAGCAGCCCUUGCAGGCACAUCUACCCAUGAUGACAUGGUAGAGGGAGGGCCAACCUUCUAACUGUUCUCCUAUGACAAGUCCUCCAUCUUCCCACAAUGUUUCUCACCUCUUGAGAUAUGCACCAGUGUGGAGUCCUCCCAUGUCCAUUAAGGGGUGUGGCAUAGGAUCUUGGACCAUGCACAAUGUCUUGUGACUGGUAUUCAGAUAUAAACACUGGCAUUUUUGCGAAAGUGGAAAAAGUCUUCCACCAAAAGGAAGAACAAGGGAAGAGAAAACAAGAGGCACACAAUGUAAAUGUUCAGGUGUGGUGCAGAAGCUGAGUGGGUGGGGCACAUGGGAGAAGGAAGAAUAUUAGCAAGAGACAUGGGAAGGUAGUGUGAAAGAGGAAUAAAUUAGAAAAAAGCAGAGUGGGUUGUUCAAAGUCAUAUAAUGCAAUAUCAAAACUGCCAUAAUAAAGCACAUAACUUUGUACGUUAACUUAAAAUUUCUUAAUGAAACAUUGUAUCUACAAAAAUGUGCAGUUACUAUAUGUCAAUUAAAAUAUUUUUCAACAGAAUAUAAAUCUUGUUUUUUUUUAAAUAUCAGGA